CCUCAUCGCGCCUGGGGCAGCCAAAAAGCGAUUCCGAAUGGCGACGCGGCAUGGUGUUUCCAAAACGGUCGCCAUGAAUGAGCCAAGGCGUCCAUGGUGUCUGCUCUUCACUCAGGCACCGCGAUGAGAGUGGUACUGCUGCUCGUGCCGGUCGUCGUCGGCCAGGAGCGCUGCUCCAUCGAGAUUAGCAUUGACGGCAGCCCCCAAGUCCUCGAGACGAGCGUACCGCCGCCGGACCGCGACAAACUCGUAGAGGUGGCAGAGGCCUUCGCGCGGACGCAUAAACUCGGGGCGGGGGCGGGCUGCGACAGCACGCAGUGCGUUGCCGGGCGCCUCGCGGACCAGCUCGCCGCGCGGUGCGCCGUCGACGAGUACCGUACGCGGUCAACGCGCGAGCAGCGCUGCGUGGCGCUCGGCGACCAGCGCGUCUGUGCGGACCUCGCGCCGACGCUCCUCGGGACGUUCUCUGGUUCCGUAGUAGCGCACUGCCAGAUCGGGCUGGCUCGAACGUUUCCCGCGGUCGCGCGGUCAAUUUAUGAACAUACCGUCAAGCCGCUGGGACGCGGCGACGUCUUCUUCGUCCUUGGCUCGCCGCAGGCGAGUCGCGCGACGGCGCUCGAGUGGCGUGCGGCCUUCGACCACUUUUCGGUGGCGCAGUUGUUGGUCGCGGACGGGACGGGGCAACUGCAAAAGCUGCAGCUGUGCUUCGCGCACAUCGAGGCCGCCGAGACGGCCGCCGGGCGUCGCUACGACGCAAUCGUGCGCAACCGGCCCGAUUUACGGUGGGAGCGGGCCGUGCCCGCGUCCUUGAUUUCCCGGACAUCGGUGACGUACUGCUACGCCUUCGUGGGCGUGUGUCCGCGCGCCUACGUGGAUAGCAGCUGGCCCUGCGACGUGCCAGACUCUCCGAACGCGACAACAGCGAACGGCCAUUCGGCGACGCCCGCGUGCGCACCCACGUUUCAGUUCUCGAUGGCUCGAUCAGCGCCAGCCCAGGAGCGCGCCGAGCGCCACCUCUACAAGGGCUCCGAACGAGCCCGGCACCUCGCGGCAGCCUUCGAGGAUCUGGGUGACGAGCUGUGUGGAAAUCCUCAAGGCAAAAGAUUCUCAGGAUAACCUGACUUACUGGUUGAUUUCCACCCAGGUGACGAGCAGCGCGACGCGGCGCUUGAUUUCCUAGCGCUCACGUGUCGCGCGUACGAUAGCUACCUGGAAGACUGGGCGCGCCACCACGCGCCGCGCAACGGCGCGGGCCGGCUCCUUGCCCGCCACGCGCUCCCGCUCCGAGAAAGUGUUACCGAUUUUUUGAAAUGGGACCCGGAUCACAAUGACGCGCACGCCCUCUUUGACGCCAUCACGCGAGCGGACGAGGCCGGGGCGGUAUCGUCGCUGAGGCGCCUCGCGGCGUCGUACGAGACCGAGGCAUUAGGGUACGAACGCGUUGGCGUCGACGGCGCGGGCCCGGGCACGGCCGCUUUCGAGCGCUGGGCUGGUGUUGAUGACGCCGUACCGCCGCGCAUCUCGUUCCUGGAGCAGCAGUGCGCGACGCGGCGCGCGUGCUCGAAGCCGGACGGCGCCAAAGGGAUCCUGAUCGUGUACGCGCGCGAGCUCUGCGCUCGAAGCUUCGCGGACGACGUCCUCGCGUCGCCGUUUCAUUUUAGGGCCCAGCCGCUCAUAGACUAGUUUUUUCCCUCU